AUGGCCUCGGCGCUCCCCACAACUGGCCCGAACCGCCUGGCCCCGCCGGCCCCGCCGACGACCCCGCUCUUCCAAUGCCCGGAGUGCGGCACGGCCCACGCCGCCCUCCCGUUCUUCUGCGCCACGUGCAAAUUCGAGCCCACAGAGCGGCGCGGCUACGUCGACCUGACGCGCACGGCGUCGUCCCCCCCCUCGCUGCUGCGCAACCUGCUCACCCAGCCACCAAGCCAGUCGCUGUUCCAGCUGCCGCUCGUCUCGGCCGCGUACGAGCGGGGCUGGCGCGCCAACUUUGCGCGCGCGGGAUUCCCGGGCAUCGAAAAGGAGCGCGACCUCUUCCUAGACUUCGCCGCCCCGGCCGCCGCCGUGCUCGACAUGAGCUGCGGCUCGGGGCUCAUGGCACGCCGCCUGGCCUCGUCCGGCCGCUUCGGCCGCGUCGUGGCCGCGGACUACUCCGAUGCCAUGCUGAGACAGACCGUCGAGUACAAGAACAAGGACGCUACCGCGCCCGAGUUCGACGUUGUCAGGGCCGAUGUCGCCCGCUUGCCGUUUGUCGAGGGCGCGUUUGGGGCGGUGCAUUCAGGCGCCGCGCUCCAUUGUUGGCCGAACGUGCAGGAUGGCUUGGCGGAGAUUCAAAGGGUGCUGCAGCCGGGGGGGAGGUUCUUCGCUACCACCUUCUCGAAGCUGGCUUACUUGCCCAAUCGGGAGAGGAUUGACCGAUAUCCGAGGCUCAAGAAGGCCGUUGUAAGGGCAGAGGAACUCGUGCCGGGGCAGAGGCCGUAUCGGUUCUUUGAGGUGGAUGAAUUGGAGUAUUUAUUUAAGGCCGCAGGGUUUGUCGAGGUCGAUGUGGAAAGGCUUAAGGGAUGUGUCAUUGUGAGGUGUCGCAAGUCGGAGGAAUAG